ACUUAUCUUUUUGUUUGAAGACAAUUUUAGAUUUUUCUUAGCAGUCUCCAGCUGAUGUUUUGUCUGCCAGGGCGCUGAUUUGUUCGCAAGCUCCGGACAGCUAGAGCGUGCACGAUGGCCGAGGUGGCGGAUCCCAGGAUGGAGUUCUUGCAGUAUAAGACUCUGAAGACGCUCAAUCUGAAAGGGGAUAAAUGGGCCAAGAUGUUAGGAAAUGAAGAAAACAAGAUCAUGAUUCUAGAAUUUCUGGAAAAAAAUGAUAUACCUUGUCUUCUUAUCAUUAGCAGUGCUACAGGACUUGCGCCAAACUACGGAUUUCCUGAUUUUAUCAAGCAAAAAGGAAUUUACGCUGUAAAAAAGAAAAAAGAAGCGCUGACAAAAGAUAACGUUAAGAGAAAUUUGCUUGUUGGAGAUUUAUCUCAGACUCCGCUUGAACAUGUUUCUCCACUUAUUGACGAGUUGAUGUCCAGGCUGGUUGCAAAUGACGACAAUCAUUGUCAGUGGCCGAACGUGGUGUCCCAGGACGUAUUGCGUCAUGUGCACAAACUCAAAAGUAAUGUUUUUGUCGUUGCUGGGCACGUUAAAGGAAAGACACUUCUUCCGCUUCCUGUUGGAUCUGAACGAGUCGACUCUGCAAAAUUAGAAGAAAAACGAGCAUUUCUGCAUGCAGUGGAAACUGUUGUUAUCGACUGGAGCCAUCAGAUUCGGGAUGUGCUCAAACAAGAAUCAGCUCAACCUUUGUUGGAAGGCAAAAACCCAGGACCGGAUGUUGAGAUAAAAUUCUGGAAUUCGAAAUGUACCAAUUUGGAAUGUAUUUACAACCAAUUGAGAGAAAGCAAAGUGCGGAAGAUGGCAAAUCUGCUAGAAGUAUCAAAGAGCAGCUACUAUCCAGCUCUACGAGAUAUCUUCACUGAUGUGGUCGCAGCUCUUCGUGAAGCAAGAGACAUUAAGAUGCAUUUGAAUCCACUGAGAAGUUUAAUAGAUGAUUUGGAACAAACUGAUCUAUCAGAGAUUUCACCCAAAAUCAAAGCUCUGAUGCAUGUUGUUUGUUUGAUCUGGUCGAAUUCAAAAUAUUACAACACACCAGUGAGAAUCAUCGUUCUUCUUAGAGAAAUUUGCAACUUCUUUAUUGAGAUUACUUGCACAUAUUUGUCACCUGAAGAAUUAAUGAAAGGAGAAUUGGAUGAAUCAUUGGAAAGAGUUGGAAUUGCAAUCUCUGUUCUUCAACAAUUUCGUGACAGUUACAAUCAUUACAGAGUUAAUAUUGAUAAGUACUUCAAGAAUAAAGAUGAAGUAAAGAGAUGGGAAUUUGCUGCAGAACUUGUGUUUUCCAGAAUGGAUCGCUUUUCUGAACGUCUUGGUAUUGUGAUGCAAUUUUUUGCAACAAGUCAAGAAUUCAUGAAGCUUGAAAAAAUUGAAUUUGGUGGAGUGAAAGGUAGAGUGCUAAGCCAGCUGGUUCUCAGACUUUUUGACAGAUUUCAGGACAUUUACAAAGUGUUUGGAGAACGCACUUACAAUCCACUUGAUCCAGAAGACUCGGCAUUUGAAAAUGACUUUAAGGAUUUCAAUGAAAACAUCUCAGAUCUUGAAAGACAGCUUGCCAAUGUUAUUUGCCAAGGAUUUGAUGAUUGCUCUGGAAUUGAAUCAAUGUUCAAGAUGCUGAAUAUGUUUGGUACUUUACUCGAACGUCCAAUCAUCAAACGAGAUUUUGAUCACAAAUAUCCAAUGCUACUUGUCAGUUUCAACACUACAUUAGAUGAUGUGAAGCGAAUGUUUGAUAGUCACGUUGCUGAUGUUGCUAAUGAGACUGAUAUAAGAGGUCUUCAUCCACUCACCCACAAAAACCAACCACCUGUUGCUGGACAGUUGAAGUGGGCAAGUGAAAUGUGUCAAAGAAUAACGUGGCCGAUGGCUAACUUCAAAAUGUUGAAGCAUCCAUGCUUCGAUAGUGAAGAAGCAAUACUUGUGUUUUCAAAGCAAGAGCAGAUGGUCAAUCUUCUUAAACAGUAUAGAAGAAAAGUCUAUGAAGAUUGGACUUCAGGAGUCGAGGUCAAAUGUAAAUACAAUCUGGGUCAACCACUGAUUACUAGAAACAAGGAAACAAAACUCAUCGCUGUUAACUUUGACCCACAGCUUGUUGCUGUAUUGAGAGAAGUACGUUAUUUGCGAUUCAUGGAAACUGAAGAUGUUCCUAUUCAAGCAACAGAACUUUUCAAUAAGCAUGAUACAUUCCGUUCAUAUGUUGCAAAUCUUGAUUUGACUGUGGCUUGGUACAAUCAUGUUCGUCAAAACGUACUGGAUGUUGAAUUUCCUCUUGUUUCUUCUCAGUUGGAUGAAGUUGACCAAGUCUUGGCCAAAGCGGAAAAAAAUCUUUCAUGGAAUUGUGAUGGUAUUUGGGAGUACAUCCAAGAAACUAGAGAUAAAGUAGAUGACUUACAAGUAAGAGUGCAAAAAACAAAAACUAAUGUGGAACAAAUUGAAGCUGUUAUGAAGAAAUGGGCUGAGACGCCUUUGUUUGAACGAAAAAUUGAUAUCAAAGGAUCACUUCUCAACUUGGAUGACAGAAAAGACAGACUCGCUAAAAGAUAUGAAUCUAUUAGAGUUGAUGGUGAAAAAAUACACCAACUUAUUCAGGAAAAUUUAGUGUUGUUCAGAGCAGAUGCAGAAUCUGAAAUAUGGCAAGCAUAUAUCGGAUAUAUUGAUGAUAUGUUGAUUGAAGGUUUCUUCAGUUGUAUUUAUACCUCUCUCAACUACCUUAUGGACAAUACAGAAAUGGAAGCUCUGCCGUUGUUUUCAGCUGAAUUAGAACUUCAAGCUCCAGAUAUGGUGUUUCAACCUGCACUUGGUGAAGGAAUGCUUUUAGGAUUUUUGAGUAUUAUUGAAAGCUUGUUGGAAGAUAUCUACAAGAUGAGUUCAUUAGUACCAAGAGUGUGCAGCUCGGAAUCCAAUGACUAUGUGGCUGAUAUGGAAGAUAUGGAGGAGCUAAAUGCAAUGAGGGGAGAUCUUAUAAAUCGUGUCAGAGAUGCAAUGGAUAAAGCAAUAACUUAUUCACAUGAGUUUCUUGAAUAUUCUAAUCUUUGGACUGAUGAUAGACAAGAAUUUAUGAACCAGUUUUUGACAUAUGGACAUAUCUUGACUGCAGAUGAAUUAGAAGCUCAUGGUGACGAAGGUGUUCCAGAAUCACCUCCUAGUCUUGCACAGUUCAAAGAACAGAUUGACUUGUAUGAAAACCUAUACCAAGUUAUUAGUAAUGUUGAGCCAACAAAAAUGUUUGAUGGUUGGUUUAUUAUAAGUAUUAAACCUUUCAAACAAGCAUUGCUUAACACUGUCAAAAGAUGGAGCUUCAUGUUCAAAGAGCAUCUCAUCAGCCAUGUUGAAACCAGUUUGUCUGAUCUGAAAGCAUUUAUCAAAGUUGCUGAUUCUGGUCUUGGUAAAGAUGUAGAAGAAGGAGAUUACAAUGGACUUGUAGAAUGUAUGGGACAUCUGAUGGCUGUCAGAGAUCGUGUAGAAGCAACAGAUAUUAUGUUUGAACCUCUGAAGCAUACGAUUGAUUUAUUGAAGUCAUAUGACCAAGAAAUGUCAGAAGAAGUCCAUCAUCAACUGCAAGAACUACCUGAGCAAUGGAAUAAUACCAAAAAACUUGCAGUGACUGUCAAACAGACUGUCACUCCAUUGCAGGCAAAUGAAGUUUCCAUCAUUCGUCGCAAAUGCACCAGCUUUGACGUCAAACAACAUGAAUUUCGUGAGAAAUUUCGCAAAGAGACAACAUUUCGAUUCAGCUGUGGAGAACCAUAUGAUAACAUUGAUCGUAUGAACAGUGAGAUUCAGGGAUUAGAAAAUGAAAUGAAUGCUUUACAUGAAUCUGCCAGUUUGUUUGAAGUCAAUGUUCCUGAUUAUAAACAACUGAAGGCUUGUCGCAGAGAAGUAUCUCUCGUAAAAGAAGUAUGGGAUCUUGUCAUACUAGUACGUACAAGUAUCGAUGAUUGGAAAACAACAUUGUGGGCUGAUAUCAAUGUGGAACAGAUGGACAUCGACAGCAAACGGUUUGCUAAGGACAUCAGAUCUUUGGACAAGGAGGCUCGUGCAUGGGAUGUUUUUGGUGGAUUAGAUGGAGAUGUGAAAAAUAUGAUUACGUCACUCAGAGCUGUUGGAGAAUUACAGAAUCCUGCUAUUCGUGAUAGACAUUGGCAUGAACUCAUGCAGGCUGCAAAGGUUCGAUUUACUAUGAAUGAAAAAACCACACUUGCAGAUCUGUUGAAAUUAAAUCUACACAACUUUGAAGAUGAAGUACGAGGUAUUGUGGAUAAAGCUGUCAAAGAAAUGGGCAUGGAAAAAAUACUCAAAGAACUUGAUACUACAUGGUCUAUGAUGGAUUUCGAAUACGAUGAACAUCAAAGAACGCGUUCUCCUUUGAUUAAAACUAAUGAAGAACUUGUUGAAACUUUAGAAGACAACCAGGUACAACUUCAAAAUCUUAUGACAUCAAAAUACAUUGCCCAUUUCUUGGAAGAAGUUUCUGGAUGGGUCAAAAAAUUAUCGACAACAGAUUCUGUUCUUACUGUUUGGUUGGAAGUUCAACGUACUUGGUCACAUCUUGAAAGUAUUUUCAUUGGUUCUGAAGAUAUUCGAGCACAAUUGCCAGAAGAUUCAAAAAGAUUUGAUGAGAUUGAUGCAGAUUUCAAAGAAAUUAUGGCUGAUGCUGUGAAAACACCAAAUGUUGUGGAAGCUACAAACAAACCGGGUCUCUGUGAACGAUUUGAAAAUCUUCAAUCCAAACUGACAAAAUGUGAAAAAGCACUUGCAGAAUAUCUGGAGACAAAACGACUUGCCUUUCCAAGAUUCUAUUUUGUGUCUUCAUCUGAUUUACUUGAUAUUUUGUCAAAUGGAAAUAACCCUGUGGAGGUUUCAAAACAUCUUGCUAAACUAUUUGACAAUACAGCAAAACUAGAAUUUAAAGCAGAUGCAAACAAUGAACCAACAAAAGAAGCAGAAGGAAUGUACAGCAAAGAAGGGGAAUAUGUUCCGUUUGGCGAUACUUGUUCAUGUACUGGUCAGGUUGAAAUGUGGUUGAACCGUGUCAUGGAUGCGAUGCGAGACACAGUCAGAAGUGAAAUGUCUGAUUCCGUUGUUACUUAUGAAGAGAAAGCAAGAGAUCAGUGGUUAUUUGAUUACCCUGCUCAAGUUGCUUUAGCUGUUACCCAGAUCUGGUGGACAACUGAGGUUGGAAUUGCAUUCUCUCGACUUGAAGAAGGUUAUGAAAAUGCAAUGAAAGAUUAUUCGAAAAAACAAAUUCAACAAUUGAAUACAUUAAUCAAUCUGUUAAUUGGUAAUCUUACACCAGGAGAACGGCAAAAAAUUAUGACAAUUUGUACCAUCGAUGUCCAUGCAAGAGAUGUGGUGACUAAACUUAUCUUACAGAAGAUUGACAGUGCUGCUGAAUUCAUUUGGCAAUCACAACUUCGACAUAGAUGGUGUGACAAAACAAAUCAUUGUUAUGCCAACAUUUGUGAUGCUCAGUUUCUUUAUUCAUACGAAUAUCUAGGAAAUACACCUCGACUUGUCAUCACACCAUUGACUGAUAGAUGCUAUAUCACAUUGACACAAUCUUUGCAUUUAAUUAUGGGUGGUGCACCUGCUGGUCCUGCUGGUACAGGGAAAACUGAAACGACUAAAGAUUUGGGAAGAGCACUUGGCAUUAUGGUUUAUGUGUUCAACUGCUCUGAACAAAUGGACUACAAAUCUGUUGGUAAUAUCUACAAAGGACUUGCACAAACUGGUGCCUGGGGAUGUUUUGAUGAAUUUAACAGGAUUUCUGUUGAAGUGCUUUCCGUAGUUGCAGUACAGGUAAAAUCAAUCCAAGAUGCAAUCAGAGACAAGAAGAAGAGAUUUAUUUUCCAAGGUGAAGAUAUUUCUCUCAUCCCUACUGUCGGUAUUUUCAUCACAAUGAAUCCAGGUUACGCUGGAAGGACUGAAUUGCCUGAAAAUUUGAAGGCAUUGUUUAGACCUUGUGCUAUGGUUGUUCCUGAUUUUGAGCUGAUUUGUGAAAUUAUGUUGGUCGCUGAAGGUUUUCUUGAGGCUCGAAUCCUUGCAAAGAAGUUCAUCACUUUGUACACAUUGUGUAAGGAAUUGUUAUCUAAACAAGAUCACUAUGAUUGGGGAUUAAGAGCUAUCAAAUCUGUCCUUGUGGUUGCUGGUUCUUUGAAGAGAGGAGACAAAGGAAGACCUGAAGAUCAGGUUUUAAUGAGAGCUCUUCGAGAUUUCAACAUUCCAAAAAUUGUAACUGAUGACAUGCCUGUAUUUAUGGGUCUCAUCGGUGACUUGUUCCCAGCACUUGAUGUCCCCAGGAAACGUGAUUUAGAACUUGAGAAGAUGUGUCGACAAUCAGUACAGGAUCUCAAACUUCAAGCAGAAGAUAACUUUGUACUUAAACUAGUCCAACUUGAAGAACUGCUAUUUGUGAGGCACUCUGUCUUUAUUAUAGGAAACGCUGGCACAGGAAAAACACAGGUUUUAAAGUCAUUGAACAAGUGCUAUCAAAAUCUGAAAAAGCGUCCAGUCUGGGUUGAUCUUAAUCCUAAAGCUGUAACAAAUGAUGAACUGUUUGGUAUCAUCAAUCCUGCUACUCGUGAAUGGAAAGAUGGAUUAUUUUCCACCAUAAUGAGAGAUUUGUCCAAUAUUACUCAUGAUGGACCAAAAUGGAUUGUUUUGGAUGGUGACAUUGAUCCCAUGUGGAUUGAAUCUUUGAAUACUGUGAUGGAUGACAAUAAGGUGCUGACACUUGCUAGCAAUGAAAGAAUUCCCUUGUCACCCUCCAUGAGAUUAGUGUUUGAAAUCAGCCAUCUUCGAACUGCAACACCGGCUACUGUCAGUAGAGCUGGAAUUUUAUAUCUGAAUCCUGCUGAUCUCGGAUGGAAUCCAGUGGUAACAUCAUGGAUCGACAAACGUGAAGUCCAAUCUGAAAAGGCAAAUCUGACUAUUUUGUUUGACAAAUAUAUCCCUGCUUGUCUGGAAACAGUUCGAACAAGAUUCAAGACGAUUACACCUAUUCCUGAAUGUGCCAAGAUGAUGAUGCUUUGCUAUCUGCUAGAAGUACUUUUGACUCCAGAAAAUACACCUCCUGACUGUCCUAAAGAACUGUAUGAAUUAUAUUUUGUGUUUGCAUGCAUCUGGGCCUUUGGUGGUGCUCUGUUCCAAGAUCAACUUGUGGAUUAUAGAGUUGAAUUCAGUAAAUGGUGGAGCACAGAGUUCAAGACCGUCAAGUUUCCGAGUCAUGGAACAGUAUUUGAUUACUGCAUUGAUCCUGAAACUAAAAAGUUUGUGCCAUGGUCUGACAGUGUACCUGGCUUUGAACUGGAUCCUGAUAUGCCCCUACAGGCUUGUAUGGUUCCAACCACAGAAACUAGGCGUAUUCGAUAUUUUAUGGAUUUAUUGAUGGAGAAGAGACGUCCAGUGAUGCUUGUUGGUAAUGCUGGAUCUGGUAAAACUGUCUUGGUACAGGCAAAGCUUGGUGCAUUACCAGAAGAUUAUAUGUUUGCUAAUGUACCAUUUAACUUCUACACAACAUCACUUAUGCUUCAAGGUGUUCUGGAAAAACCGCUUGAAAAGAAAGCAGGAAGAAAUUUUGGACCUCCUGGGUCAAAGAGAUUGAUAUAUUUCAUUGAUGAUUUGAACAUGCCUGAAGUUGAUAUGUAUGGAACAGUACAGCCUCACACUCUUAUCAGGCAACAUAUGGAUCACAGUCAUUGGUAUGAUCGAAACAAACUAAUACUGAAAGACAUCAACAAUGUUCAAUAUGUUGCUUGUAUGAAUCCAACAGCAGGGUCAUUCACGAUUAACCCUCGACUUCAAAGACAUUUCUCUGUGUUUGCCGUCAGCUUUCCGGGACAGGAUGCACUUCAAACAAUCUAUACCAGUAUUUUGACUCAACAUUUACAAAUUGGUGGAUUCCCAGCAGCAGUACAAAAAGUUGCUUCUACAGUAUCACAAGCAGCACUUGCACUGCAUGCUAAAAUCAGCAGUUCUUUCCUUCCUACCGCUAUCAAGUUUCAUUAUAUAUUCAACUUACGUGACCUCUCAAAUAUUUUUCAAGGAAUCCUGUUUUCAACACCUGAUUGCAUCAAGACUGUCCCAGAUUUGGUCAGAAUAUGGUUACAUGAAGCAUCUCGUGUUUACGGUGACAAAUUUAUUGAUGAAAAAGAUAUCCAAAAUUUCUCGAAAUUGAAGAUUGACUUUGCAAAGAAAUUCUUUGAUGACAUUCCUGAAGAGGUGGUUGCUGCUGAUCCUCUAAUUUAUUGUCAUUUUGCAACUGGAAUUGGAGAACCUAAAUAUAUGCCGGUUCCUGGGUGGCAAGUGCUUCAAAAAUUACUGGAAGAAGGACUGGAAAGUUAUAAUGAGGUCAAUGCUGUAAUGAAUCUCGUACUUUUCGAGGAUGCUAUGUCUCAUGUCUGUCGUAUUAAUAGAAUCCUUGAGUCACCUCGAGGAAAUGCUCUUUUAGUUGGUGUUGGUGGGUCAGGAAAACAAAGUUUGUCUCGCCUAGCUGCUUUUAUCAGUGGACUCGAUGUGUUCCAAAUCACCUUGAGAAAAGGUUAUGGAAUAGCGGACUUGAAACUGGACUUGGCAAAUCUGUAUAUUAAAGCUGGAUUGAAGAAUAUUCCAACUAUGUUUUUAUUGACUGAUGCCCAGGUUCCAGAUGAGAAGUUCCUGGUUUUGGUGAAUGAUUUGUUGGCAUCUGGUGAAAUUCCUGAAUUACUUCCUGAUGAUGAAAUUGAAAACAUUAUAAGUGGAAUGAGAAAUGAAGUCAAGGGAGCAGGGUUAGAAGAUACUAGAGAAAAUUGCUGGAAAUUUUUCAUAGAAAGAGUCAGACGUCAACUGAAAGUUGUUCUAUGCUUUUCACCUGUCGGUACUACUCUUCGAGUUCGUAGCCGUAAGUUUCCUGCAGUUGUCAAUUGUACACAAAUCGAUUGGUUCCAUGAAUGGCCACAAGAAGCUUUACAAUCUGUCAGUCUUACAUUUUUACAGGACAUUGAAGGAAUUGAAAAUGACAUCAAACCGUCUAUUAGUGAUUUUAUGUCAUUUGUACAUACAAGUGUCAAUGAAAUGGGAAAACUUUAUCUUGCAAAUGACAGGAGAUACAAUUACACCACACCUAAGAGUUUCCUUGAGCAGAUCAAACUGUAUCAGAGCAUACUUGCAAUGAAACGCAAGGAACUACAUGCUAAGAUGGAGCGUUUGGAGAAUGGUUUGACAAAACUACAAAGCACAGCAUCACAGGUCGAUGAUUUGAAAGCAAAAUUAGCUUCUCAGGAAGUAGAACUGAAACAGAAGAAUGAAGAUGCAGAUAAGCUCAUUUUAAAAGUUGGAGUAGAAACUGAGAAGGUGAGUAAAGAAAAAGCUAUUGCUGACGGUGAAGAAAAGAAAGUUGCAGUUAUUGCCAAAGAAGUAGGAGAAUUUCAGCGUUCUUGCGAACAAGAUCUAUUGAAGGCAGAACCUGCUCUUCUUGCUGCCCAAGAUGCUCUAAAUACUCUGAAUAAGAACAAUCUAACGGAAUUGAAGUCUUUUGGAUCACCCCCCGCCGCUGUCAUUAAUGUAGCUGCCGGCGUAAUGGUCCUACUUGCUCCCGGAGGAAAGAUUCCCAAGGAUAGAGGUUGGAAAGCUUCAAAGAAUAUGAUGGCAAAGGUUGAUGCUUUCCUUGAUCAACUUUUAAAUUAUGAUAAAGAGAAUAUCCAUGAAAAUAAUCUCAAAGCAAUCAAACCAUAUCUGGCAGAUCCUGAAUUUGAUCCAGAUUUCAUUCGAGCAAAGUCUAAUGCUGCUGCUGGACUGUGUGCUUGGGCAAUCAAUAUUGUGAGGUUUUAUGAAGUUUAUUGUGAUGUAGAACCAAAACGUCAGGCUCUCGCUAAAGCAAAUGCUGAUCUCUCGGCAGCACAAGAUCGUCUUACAUCUAUCAAAGCGAAGAUCAAGGAACUUGAUGACAACUUAGCAGGCCUUACAGCCCAAUUUGAAAAGGCUACAGCAGACAAAUUGAAAUGUCAACAAGAAGCAGAAGCAACCCAACUUACUAUAUCACUAGCUAACAGAUUGGUUGGAGGUUUAGCAUCUGAAAAUGUCCGUUGGGCCGAAUCAGUAAAUGAAUUCAAGAAACAGGAUUUAACACUGAGUGGAGAUGUUCUGCUAAUCACAGCAUUUGUUUCAUAUGUUGGAUAUUUUACGAAAGUAUAUAGAACUGAUCUAAUGGAUAGCUGGUUGAAAUUCUUGAAAGAACAGAAGGUUCCGAUUCCAACUACAGAAGGUCUUGAUCCAUUAUUAAUGUUGACUGAUGACACAGAUAUUGCAGCAUGGAAUAAUCAGGGAUUACCGUCAGAUAGAAUGUCGACAGAAAAUGCAACUAUAUUGAGUAAUUGUGAAAGAUGGCCACUUAUCAUUGACCCACAGUUGCAAGGCAUUAAAUGGAUCAAAAAUAAAUAUGAGAAUUUGAAGAUCGUAAGACUGGGUCAAAGAGGAUAUCUUGAUGUAAUAGAGAAUGGAGUAUCAACAGGUGAUGUUGUACUUAUUGAAAACGUUGAAGAAAGUGUGGAUCCUGUUCUUGAUCCAUUACUUGGAAGAAAUACUAUUAAGAAAGGAAGAUAUAUCAAGAUUGGUGACAAAGAAGUAGAAUAUCAUCCACAAUUCAGACUGGUGUUACAUACAAAACUUGCCAAUCCACAUUAUCAGCCUGAAAUGCAAGCCCAGUGCACUCUCAUUAACUUCACUGUAACAAGAGAUGGCUUGGAAGACCAGUUACUCGCUGAAGUAGUUAAAUGUGAGAGACCAGAUUUAGAACAAGUCAAGGCACAACUCACCAAGCAACAAAAUGAUUUCAAAAUUACUUUGAAACAAUUAGAAGACUCACUUCUGUACAGAUUAUCUGCUGCUUCUGGAAACUUCUUGGGAGAUACAGCACUGGUUGAAAAUUUGGAAAUUACAAAGAAAACAUCUGCUGAAAUUGAAGAGAAAGUAGCAGAAGCAAAAAUAACAGAAGUACAAAUCAAUGAAGCUCGUGAAAGUUACAGAGUUGUAGCCAGACGUGCAUCUCUUCUCUACUUUAUUCUGAAUGAACUGAAUGUUAUCAACUUGAUUUAUCAAUUCUCACUCAAGGCAUUCAAUGUUGUGUUUUCUAAAGCAAUUGAGCGAGCGGAGAAGUCUGAUGAGUUAAAAACAAGAGUCGUUAAUUUGAUCGAUACUGUAACAUACAGUGUGUUCGUAUACACAAAUCGUGGAUUAUUCGAAUCUGACAAGCUGACUUUUACAUCACAAGUAGCUUUUCAGGUUCUACUUACAAAUAAUGAAAUCAAUCCAGUUGAACUCGAUUUUCUACUGAGAUUCCCAGGAAAAAUGGAUUCUUCAUGUCCUGUGGAUUUCCUGACUGCUGCUGGUUGGGCUGGAAUAAAGGCGCUCUCUGAUAUGGAAGACUUUAGAAACUUGGACAGGGAUGUGGAAGGAUCAGCUAAACGUUGGAAAAAAUUUGUUGAAAGUGAAUGUCCUGAGAAAGAGAAAUUUCCACAAGAAUGGAAAAAUAAAACUUCCCUGCAAAAAUUAUGCAUGAUGAGAGCUUUUAGACCAGACAGAAUGACUUAUGCUGUCAAAAACUUUGUGGAGGAAAAGCUCGGCACUAAAUAUGUAGAGAAUCGAUCUGUUGAGUUUUCCAAAUCAUAUGAGGAAAGUGGACCAGAGACUCCUGUAUUCUUUGUUCUCUCACCUGGUGUCGAUCCCCUCAAAGAUGUUGAAGCUCUUGGAAAGAAAAUUGGAUUCACUUUUGAUAUGAAAAAUUUCCACAAUGUGUCGCUUGGUCAAGGUCAGGAAGUUGUCGCUGAAAAAGCUCUCGAUCUUGCUGCAAAAGAGGGACAUUGGGUUAUUCUACAGAACGUACAUCUUGUUGCAAAAUGGUUGAACGCGCUGGAAAAGAAAAUUGAACAAUUCAGUGUGGGAAGUCAUCCUGCUUAUCGAGUGUAUAUAUCAGCUGAACCUGCUGCUACAAGGGAUGCUCAUAUUCUUCCUGCAGGAAUCCUGGAAUCAUCCAUCAAGAUUACUAAUGAACCUCCCACUGGAAUGCAAGCAAAUUUGCACAAAUCAUUUGACAACUUCACUCAGGAAACACUUGAGAUGUGUGCUCGAGAGAUUGAAUUUAAAUCACUGCUUCAAUCUCUUUGUUAUUUCCAUGCUGUUGUGUCCGAAAGAAAGAAGUUUGGUCCGCAAGGAUGGAAUAGGCCUUAUCCAUUCAAUGUCGGUGAUCUAACCAUCUCAGUUAACGUACUUUACAAUUACCUGGAAGCAAAUUCAAAGGUACCAUGGAAUGAUCUUCGUUAUUUGUUUGGUGAAAUUAUGUAUGGUGGACAUAUUACUGAUGAUUGGGAUAGAAGACUGUGUCGAACGUAUCUUGAAGUAUACAUGCAUCCCGAUCAACUUGAAUCUGAAUUAUUUUUGGCCCCUGGGUAUCCUGUACCACCCAAUAUGGAUUAUAAGGGUUACCAUGAAUACAUUGAUGAUGUGUUGCCUCCAGAGAGUCCGUAUUUAUAUGGACUUCAUCCCAACGCUGAGAUUGGAGUUCUUACAACAACUUCAGAAAACUUAUUCCGCACUCUACUUGAAAUGCAACCGAAAGAUGCAGGUGGUGGAGGUGCAGGUGGAAUUACAAGAGAAGAGAAGGUCAAAGCUCUUCUUGAUGAAAUCCUUGAAAAAUUGCCAGAAGGCUUUAAUAUGUUGGAAUUGAUGUCAAAAGUAGAAGAUCGUACCCCAUAUAUUGUAGUCGCAUUCCAGGAAUGUGAGAGGAUGAAUACUCUUACAAGUGAAAUAAGAAGAUCACUGAAGGAAUUGGAUCUUGGUUUGAAGGGAGAAUUGACAAUCACCUCUGACAUGGAAGAAUUAGAAACGGCAAUGUUUUUUGAUAGUGUUCCCGAAUCAUGGACAAAGAGGGCAUAUCCGUCUAUGCUUGGCUUGACUGCCUGGUUUAUCGACUUAUUAGGAAGAAUUAAGGAAUUGGAAACGUGGACAACAGACUUUCAACUGCCUACUGUUGUUUGGUUGGGAGGUUUAUUCAAUCCUCAAUCAUUCCUUACUGCUAUCAUGCAGUCUAUGGCAAGAAAGAACGAAUGGCCAUUGGAUAAGAUGUGUUUGCAGUGUGAUGUCACAAAGAAAAACAAGGAAGAUUUCAACUCCCCACCAAGAGAGGGAGCAUAUGUCCAUGGACUGUUUAUGGAAGGUGCACGUUGGGAUACUCAGACAGGUCUGAUGGCUGAAUCUAGACUGAAAGAACUUACACCACCCAUGCCUGUAAUGUUCAUCAAGGCAAUUCCCAUAGACAGACAAGAUACAAAGAAUAUAUAUGAAUGCCCAGUUUAUAAGAACAAAGGACGUGGCCCUACAUUCGUCUGGACCUUCAACUUGAAAACAAAAGAGAAGCCUUCCAGAUGGGUUUUGGCUGGUGUGGCCCUUUUAUUAGAGGCCUAGAAUAUAGAUUAUUUUCAAACAAACAAAGAUAUGUAAAUAGUAGAUAAAAUUAUUUUUUGUUUCAGUUUGUUCGUUGUUAUGCAGUUGCUUUUGUUCAAUAAACAAUCAUUAGAACAUACUUGUCCCAUUUAGGGAAUCUAUCAGCUUUGUUUGGCCAUGUAUGAUCUUAAUUAAGUUCACUGUGUUUUCUGUUGCUUUUAGAACGCUUAUUGGUAUUGUUCGAAAUAAAAUAGUUCUGUUGUUAA